AUGGUGCGCUCUGGCGAACUUCCCUCGCGCCUCCUCGCGCUGAAAUACGGCGCCGAUCUCGUUUGGGGCCCCGAAACAAUCGACCGCUCCCUCAUAGGCGCUGAAAGACGCGUGAACCCUCGAAACGGCACCAUCGAAUGGACCCGCUUCCCCUCCAACGGCGGCCGAGUCGAGAAAGCCGCAAAGCCCUCGGUUAUUUACAGAUUGGACCCUGUCCGUGAAAAAGGAAAGCUCAUUUUUCAACUGGGCUCUGCCAACCCCGACCUCGCUGUCCAGGCUGCCAAGGUUGUUGCCGCAGACGUUGAUGGUAUCGAUCUCAAUUCCGGCUGCCCUAAGCCUUUCAGUACCAGCGGCGGCAUGGGCGCUGCACUCCUCCGCACCCCCGACAAACUCGUCUCGAUCCUGGAAGCUCUUGUGAAGGAAGUUGGCACGCCCUAUCAAAUCGGCAUCUCCGUGAAGAUUCGCAUUCUCGAAACCCCAGAACUCACCGCUGCCCUCGUUACUCGACUUGUUCGCACCGGUAUCACAGGAUUGACAGUCCACUGCCGCACUACCCCGAUGCGGCCCCGCGAACGUGCGCUCCGUGACCAGCUCCGUAUGGUCAAGGAUAUCUGCCACGAAGCGGGUGUUCCGUGCCUGAUGAACGGCGACGUUGAAUCCCGCGAUCACGGACUCGCACUGAUGGAAGAAUACGGUGUCGACGGAGCCAUGAUCGCCACAUCCGCCGAAGCAAACUCAUCUGCCUUCCGCUCCAAGGCUGACGGUGGUCUUGCACCCUGGAAGGAAGUUGUGUACGAGUACAUGAAGUUCUGCCUGGAAAGCGAGAAUAAGCUGGGUAACACAAAGUUCCUACUCAACAUGUUGAUCUCGGGCAAGGACAAGGUGUACAACGAGGCGAAGCAGUGCAAGACAUAUCUUGAUUUCUGCCGCAAACUUGGCUUUGACGAUUUACUCGAUCACGCCGCGCGUGUUGAUGAGAUCAUCGAUCUGUCUCACAAGUGGACCGCGCCUCCUGGCGAAGAAGCCAAGGAUCAGCCUCGCUCCAAGGCUGUGCAAAAUGCCAUGGAGAACAACGAGUCUGCUCGUGCUGCUGGUGGGAAUGGUGCUAGAACCAAGUCUGCGACUCAACCUACUCAUGCUGGCGGGCCUAUUCGGACCUCGUCUGUUCCUAGUGUGACUAAGGUGGCCAAGGCCGAACCCGAAGCACCUGCUGUUGAUACCUCGAUCCCUGCCGCUCAAGCUCCUCAGCCUGAAGUCACUGCUUAG